CGAGUCGGAUAAGAAAUCCCUGCAAGGAGGAGAGCCGCUCAUUGAAUGGAGAGGCAGCCAGCGUCGGUGUGAGUGCCGGCGUGGCUCGGGAUUAAAGCUUUUUCCCUUCCUUUGGAUAUAAUGAGAGCAUGGCGAAGAAGGGGGACGAGGCCGGGAAGCUCAUCGCUGCCGCUGACACGAGUGCCGGGGAUGUAAAUGUGGGCAGCACCAGCAGUGGCGAAGGCGAUCCGUCUCUCUCUCUCGCUGAGAUUUUGGAGCUCUACAGUCAGCCCAUCAACGAGGAGCAGGCAUGGGCAGUCUGCUUCCAGUGCUGCAAGGCUCUCCUGCAGGGGUCUCGGACCGGACGGCCCGGUGGCGCCGAGAGGAUCGAGGGGGCAACGAGCGUGAUUAUCCGUAAGGACGGCACGGUGUUGGUGCGGGAUGGACAGGACGACGCAGAGAAAUCCAGGCCGUCACAGCAAACUGAAGCAGGGGUUAUUGAGUCCUUGGGUAUUACAAUCUAUAAAGCGCUGGAUUAUGGUUUGGGGAACAAUGAGGAGAGAGAAUUGAGUCCUCCCUUGGAGCAGCUAAUUGACUGCAUGACUAAUGUUGUGGAGAACGAUGGGGAUGCAUGCCAAGAUGAGGGCUAUGAGGCAACCGAGGACGAGGAAGAUGAAGAGAAUAAGGAGUCGGAUGAAAGCGUCACUGUGCGAGGCUACAAGGAUGUUAUCAAAUUAUGCGCCGCGCACCUUCCAAGUCCCCUGGAUGCUCCCAGUCACUACCAGGCUGUUUGUCGCGCUCUCUACGCUGAAACUAAGGAGCUGAGCACUUUCCUGGAAAAAAUUAAAAAUGCAAAAGAGAAUUUAAGGAAGAUGGAAAGGAAUACCUCAAGUGAACCCAGCAAGGACUUGAAUGAGUUACAAAAUGCUGAUUGGGCACGUUUAUGGGUACAGGUAAUGAGGGAUUUACGCGACGGUGUAAAGCUGAAAAAGGUGCAAGAACGGCAGUACAACCCUCUUCCCAUCGAAUUCGAGCUUACUCCGUAUGAAAUGCUAAUGGAUGAUAUCCGGUCUAAACGAUAUACUCUGCGCAAAGUUAUGGUCAAUGGGGAUAUUCCUCCAAAGUUAAAAAAGAGUGCCCAUGAAGUAAUUUUGGACUUUAUUCGAUCACGUCCACCACUGAAUCCAGUUGCUGCAAGAAAGCUGAAACCUACUCCUCCUCGACCCCGGAGUUUGCAUGAGAAGAUUCUAGAAGAAAUAAAGUCAGAGAGGAAAUUGCGUCCUGUUUCUCCUGAUGAGAUUAGAAGGAGCAGAUUUGUCAUUCGACCACUUAGCAUGUCUUACAGUUUUGACUUGUCAGAAGUGUCUACUCCAGAGGCAGCCAGGAGGUCUGCCAGCCCUGCGGCAAGAGAGACAAGCCAACCUGACGGAGGCCUCCAUGCGCCAGUCGUAAGAAAGAGAUUACUUAAAGCGCCAACACUGGCUGAGCUUGACAGCUCCGACUCUGAGGAGGAGACUUCUCGACGGUCUCUGAGUCGCUCAGGUGCAUCUGGGAUUGCUGGUUUAUCUCCAGAAUCACCUUUUGGAAAAAAGACUCCGCCAAAAUUUCUGCCUGUAUCAUCUACACCUCAGCCUGAGAGACGGCAGCCUCCACAACGGCGGCAUUCCAUUGAGAAAGAAACACCAACAAAUGUGCGCCACUUUCUUCCACCUUCUCGCCAAAGUUCUAAAUCACUUGAAGAAUUCUGCUAUCCAGUUGAAUGUCUGGCACUGACAGUGGAAGAAGUGAUGCACAUCCGGCAAGUCCUAGUGAAGGCUGAGCUAGAGAAGUUUCAGCAGUAUAAAGAUGUUUAUAAUGCACUUAAAAAAGGAAAGUUAUGCUUCUGCUGCCGAACAAAGAGGUUCUCGUUCUUUACAUGGUCAUAUACCUGCCAGUUUUGCAAAAGGCCUGUAUGCUCUCAGUGCUGUAAAAAGAUGAGGCUCCCUUCCAAGCCAUAUGCAGCCCUACCAAUAUAUUCCCUGGGAUCUUCAGCUUUACAAAGACAAGAAAGCGUCCCAAAGAUGGAAAGACCAACUGCUAGUCCUCACCGACAACAGAGUCUGCACAAAACUGUUACAAGAUUGGCAUCUGCCUCCAGACUAUCAGAAAAGACAAAUAAUGACUUGGAGCUUCCCAAAGAGCUCACAGAUGACUGGAGUACGAUGGAGGUAUGCAUGGACUGCAAAAAGUUUAUUUCAGAAAUCAUAAGUUCCAGUAAACGGAGCCUGCUGCUGGCUAACAAGCGAGCCCGUUUGAAACGGAAGACACAAUCCUUUUACAUGUCUUCAGCAACCCCCUCAGAAUAUCGACCCUCAGAGAGAACUAUUAAAGAAGUUUAAAACGUGCCUUUGUUUUAUUUUUGCUUCCAAAUUGUCCUGAAGGGUGCUUUUCUUGCCACAGUACACAGAUUUGUCAUGCUCCAGUUGGCUUUUGCUUCCAGAUUUUUUUUCCAAAUUAUUUCUUUUGGACUGACAGGAUUCCUCUUAAAAAAUGACCUCUACUAUCUGCAAUACACCGUCAUGUGACAUUUAGUGACAACUACAGUUUCCAGGUAACAAAAAUGCUGAACUGUCUUUUAAUAUUCAGCUGUGGGAGAUAACAUUUGCUUCUAUAAAUUGAAAAACUGAAGAACUCAGUGAUGGAAAUUAUGUAUUCUAGGUGGGAAAAAAAAAUACUUCCUUUGUGGUGAGAGAAACUGACUCAUAAAAAUACUUUUAUGUCUUCUUUCUCCUCAAGAAUUCAGGAAUUUCAAGGACUUUUGUGUGAAAAGAUUAUUUAAAUUGUUUCACUUUAAAUAAUGGUAAGAAAAUUACAUUUUCAUGAAAGUAAUAUUUCAUCCCCUUAAGUUUGUGUGUAAAGAAGUGCCAAUGCCUGGUAUUUCUGCAUGUUUGUUACAGCUUCUUGACAGUGUUUGCAUUUAUGAUUUCAGAAAGAAUGACGCACACACACAGGAAGUAUUGAUCUGUUAACUAAAUUUGCAAAAAAAAAAUCAUAAACAGCACUUAUAUUCUACAGUUGGGACCCUAUUUAUACAAGCAUUGUACAUGUUGCAUUUGCAUAAAACAUGACCUUUUUGUAAUGUAACAUGACUGUCCUGUCUGAAAGUGCUUGUUCCUAAGAAAAUCCUGCAGGACUUGUUUUUAUUUUAAUGAAAAAAAAUUGUAAAAUAGUCUUGGAGCAUCUGUGCCAGUUUCUUUACUUAGGGCUUGCUAAAUGAUUGUGACAUACGGUAUGUAAAUAUGUGAAUUGUAUUUUAAUAAUGAACAGAUUUCUCAUACCUGGCUCGUGCAUGUAUGUCACAGCAGGUUGUUGAGACGUUACCAGAUUUCUUAAGUGUAUGCUGUGUUAGUAUUUCACUAUUGUUAAAACAUUUUAUGGUAUUUUCAAAGUCUCUUAUUUAUAACUAUUAUUUGCAUACUAGGUUAAUUGCACUUACAAGUCACUGGUUGCUUAAUAUUUUAAGCUGUCAUUAUUUAAUUAUAAACAAAAUACAGUUUUGUUUGUUUCUAUUGCUUAAAUGCUUGAAGCAUCGUAAAUGUAUCCAGGGAGCCUUUUUCAUUAUGAAUAUUCUUGUGGUUGACAAUUAGGAAUAAAUAUUUUUUACUUGCCCCUUAA